AUGGACUUUGCUGUGCUCUUUGAGGCAGUCUUUGAAUCCGCUCCACAAUUUAUAAUUCAGUUGUACGCCAUCAGUGUUCAGGAGGAGCCAGCUGCAAUUAUCCAAAUCAUUUCUCUACCUAUCUCUUUCCUCACGCUGGCAUGGGCCUUCACAGCCACUGAUGAGAGGUCUCUUGACGAGCGCAAAAUAACACCAAGUAGCGGUGGCCUGAAUGUUAAACACAAACUGGCAUUGUAUGUAACUCACCUACUUCUCCUGAGUAGUCGACUGUUUGCCAUCUGUUAUUUCACCGUCAGCUACAAGUGGUGGGUUAUUGCUGUGUUAAUGUUUCAUUCUUGUGUGGUGGUAAUAGCGACUGUUAUUCAGAAGAGAGGCGCAGUUAACUGUGAUGUCUUCUACGUUUUCUUAACUGUAUUGUUUAUGGGCAUUCACUGUCUAAGAGAUGACUUUGUAGAAUUAUCGAUGGAUUUAGAAAUAACUGGUCUGACCAUGAGUGUGUUUUUAUCACAUAUUUUGUUUGCAUUAGAAAACUUCUUUAUGAUCCUCAUGUUUUAUUUCACUUAUCACCCCAACGCUUGGUACUCUUUACCUGUCACUGUUUGUGUUUGUGGGUUCACUGUUCUUGGCUCCACGAUGAGAAUUUGCCUACUUCGUCGGCUAAGGAAGAAAACUGCCAGAGUUUCACCAGCCGAGUAGCAGUGUUGUGAAUACUUGUUGAAUAUUAUGUUAGUUCAGUAUAAUCUGGUCAUUCCCUAAUAUUUUGUCUGUUGCUACUAUUUGAAUUUGAUGUCCGAUAGUAGGUUUAGGCUAUCGAGGUGAGUUUCGAAGUUGUGGCUAUCUUGUUUAACUUCCAUCACUGGACGUGCGUAGUUGGAGAACUGGCCUUGGCCAUGACCCGCACGAAAGUUGAGUCUUGUUUUGGCUUAUGCAGUCAAAGAAUAGGGCCCAAAUUAGACUUUUCCAAUGCUGUAUCCCGCUGCUAUUUUCCAUUUCAUUUCGCCAUCCCGCUGCAAUGAGGAGUUUCAUUCCGAAUUCGCCUGGUUAAACCAAAUUUGCUUUAGUAAACCGCCUUAUUCAACUACUGAUGGAUAAAUCAAAGCCCUUGCAAUAUUGACAAUGUCUUUAGUCUGUUAUUCGGAAUAGAAGAGAAGUUCACUGCGGUGAUUGCUACGUUUUCUUAACUAUAUUGUUUCUGGACAUUCACUGUCUAAGAGAUGACUCUGUAGAAUUAUCGAUGGGUUUAACCAUGAGCGCGUAAUUCUCACAUAUUUUGUUUGUAUUAGAAAACUUAUUUUUGAUCCUAUUGUUAUGAAUGAAUGAAUGAAUGAAGGACUUUAUUAAAGUUUCAAUAGUGUUUAGCUUGAAGAAAACUAAUUGGUAACACUGUUUAUACAUGACAAUAUAUCUAAGCUACAUAAAGUUAAAAUUAUUUACACUUUAAUUCAUAGUUUAUAGAAUAGAUAGAUAAAUUAAUAAGUGAAUGAAACAUAAGAACUUAGCAAAAUAAGCUUAGAUGAUAUCAAAUAUAUAUAUAAUGUAAAGUUCAAAGCGGCCUAGCAGCAUAUAUUACAGUUUUUGCAGUUAUUUAUUAAGGGUGAUAGGUCUUUGCUCGAACUGAUGUUAGGUUUAAGCUGUCGAGACCAAACUGCAGAGACGAAGUUGACUGUGAUGUCUUCUACGUUUUCUUAACUAUAUUUUGGGUUUAUGGGCAUUCACUGUCCAAGAGAUGACUUUUUAGAAUUAUCGAUAGUUGUAAAAGUAAUCGGUCCAACCAUGAGUGCGUUUUUCUCACAUAUUUUGUUUGCAUAAGAAACUUCUUUAUAAUCCUAAUGUUUUAUUUCAUUUAUCACCCCAACACUUGGUACUCUUUACCUGUCACUGUGUGUUUGUGUGUUCAGUGUUCUUGGCUCCACAAAGAGAAUUUGCUUACUUCGUUUGCUAAGCAAGAAGACUGCCGACGGUUCACCAGCCGCGAGUAGCAGUGAUGUGAAUACAUGCUAAAUGUUAAUUCAGUAUAAUCUAGUCAUUCGUUUUCAUUUAGUCUGUGCUAGUAUUUGAAUUUGAAGUCCGAAGUUACGUUUAGGUUAUCGAGAUGAGUUUCGAAGUUUUGACUCUCUUGUUUAACUUCCAUCACUGGACGUGGGUAGUUGGACUACUGUCCUUGGCCAUGAACCUCACGAAAGUUUCAAUCUUGUUUUGGCUUACGCAGCUAAAGAUGAGCGUCCAAUCCUGUAUCCCGCCGCUAUUUUUCAUUCCUUCCGCCAUCCCGCCGCAAUGAAAAUUUUCAUCCCGAUCUCGCCUAGUUAAACCCAAGUUGCUUUAGUUCACCGCCUUAUUGAACCAGUGAUGGAUAAAUUAGAGCCUUUGCAAUAUGAAUAAUUUCCUGUUAUUACGGAGAAAGACAAAGAGUUAGUUGCUUAAGGCAUAUUUAGCCGGCUUAAAAGACGGUUGUUCCUCGGUGUGUUUAUAGUCUCUAUAAGAGGGACGUAAAAUCUCCACCUACAGGAGGACCAACAGAAAAGCUAUUCUGUUACAUAGAUGAUAUUUUUUUCAGCCAAUCGCACGCCUCAGAGACGCAACAGAAUUCAUCAAUGUUAUAGAAAAAAAAGCUCAUGUUUUGGCUUACACUCUCAAAGAUUGAUUCUGUUGAUGGGAAGCAUUCAGUGCGUUGUUUUUCAUUUUGUGAGAUUCUAAUAUAAAAGAGUUUGGAUUACUGAGAUUUCUGACAACAAAUGUUUAAUCGAUCUUCCAAGGUCAGUUGGCCAGCAUGCCCGCUCAUUUCCACCAAUAACAAAUAUAUAAGCAUGUACUUUAGAGUUUACUCAGCCAAAGUAAUUGAGUCCGUAUUGAGUAAGAAGUAGAAGAGUAAGAAUAAAAGUGAGUAUCAAAGACAGAUUAAUCAGAGUUAGAGCCAGACGACCAGGAUGGCCAGAGUUGUACAGAGUGAGGCAAAAUUGAAGAUUGAUAAGAUUCGGAGCUAGGAGUUUCUACUCGUUUUCAUUUAUUAGUACAAAUUGCUAGAUGUGAUAGAUACUUUUAAAUUUGAAAUUAAAAAUGUAGAGGGAAUUAAAUAAACGCAACAAGCUGCGAAAAAUGGAUGGAUAUUAUAGAGUAGAUUGCAGAUACUUUUUAAAAUACUCGGUUUUAGCUUGGAGUAAGUGGUUUAGAGGUUUUGAUACUUUCAACGAGCUUAGAAUUAUGAAUUGAGAACUGUGACUUAUGUUGAUAUAGAAUUUGACUUUCAUGCUAAAUAAUAUGUUGAUUUGCAUUUAGCGCAGCACUUUAAGGUGUCUAGUUUCUCGCAGUAUUUAAUUACAAAUAAAGCUAUGUACAAGUUAAUAGUUUGUAAAACAAGAAUUAGAAUAAAAGUUAUUCACAUUUAACAAGAAAACAAAUCCACUCUUUGAGUACUGAGAAUGUCUCAAGAUCAUAUCGUUUCAAAAUCUGUAAAUGGGAAUAACUGAAGGUUACUGAUCCGAAUUGUUAAACAUACAAUGUAAGACUGUAUGUGGCUACUGAUGUAGCUCAAUUUUUAUAGCAUCGAAGAGGACUAGAAUUUGUCCAAUGACGCCAGAUGGUAGUGUUGAAGAAUAUUUAUUCCACAUUCAAAGCAGAAAAGCUGCCGCAUCCCACAUAUACACAUAUUUAUGAGUGGCCUGUUGCACAAGAGAAAUAUGAUCCAAGAAUAUAGUGACCACUUGACAUGCAACCAAUGAUUAAAUGAUAACAAAUAAUCAUAUUAACAAUAACAAUAAUAAUGAUAACCAUGGUAAUAUUAAUAAUAACGUAAAGGGGCUCGUUAAAGAACGUCAAUGUUACUCUAUUCUCAAAGCCCCAAAAAUGAUUAAACUAAGAUUCUUUAAUUUUGCCUGUUCAUUAUAAAUUAUUUUCUGAUUUUAUAACAAUUCCAUUUUUGUAACACUUUUGUUUCAUACAACAAGACAUUCCGUGUUUAAGGAUAUUCUACCAUUUCGCCAUCUCUCCAUUCCACCGUUCCAUCAUUUUGUCAAAUAGGAAAAAGAUGAAAAUUCUAAGAAGGAAGCUUUUUGCCACCAGGUCUAGUAAUUGAACUGGGUGAUAACUAACUGCGUGCUGGAAACCAAUGCCUGGAAGACCAAUCUUCACCUAGUUGUCGGCAGUAAAUUUCCAAAUCGGAAAUGGUCUAUCCAUCUCGGUUGUCACAGGGUAAUUGCCUUUUCUUAGAGUACAUGCCACAUACUUUUUUUUUCACAAUUUGGUAUGCGGCGAAGCAGAAGGUCAUGAUCACUUUAAACGAAAACGUGAAGCAUUGCGUGAGUGCUUAAAUUAAAAUUGAUUAUUUUAUAUUCUUACUGACAGACUUUGACGGUAAGAGCAGUUUACAAGAUUGAAUUUGACAUUCGUUUCAACUAAUUUUGCAAUGUGUUUUUAUUGGAAAAACAGUUGAAUGUUCCUCUCAGCUUAAUUAAACAUUCAGCAGGCAAUUGUUUAGAAGCUAAUUCCGAUUACUUACCGUAAAAAAACUAUGACAUUUCCCUGAAUAUAGUAAUGAGGAAUUUUUGAGACUCAAAAGUUUUGAUUUUAUCAUGGACAUCCUGGCUCUCCCAGAUUGCGUCCGAGAAACAAUCUGAGAACUUAUCAGCUUUUAGGAUCUCGUGUACUACACUAAAAUUGAUACAGACGACAACCCUAUUCCAUGAUAUCUGGUGUGAAAUCAGGCAAUCAGUCUCAGCCUUCACGCGACUAGAAGCUUUUCUUUUCUGUCUCAAGAAAUGGUGGUACAAAGAUGAAAUCGACUGGGACCGCUCUGGCGAAGCUGAAGAUGUGCUCACUCACCUUGACUUCGCUGUGAUCUUUGAGGCAGUCCUUGAAUCCGCUCCACAAUUUAUAAUUCAGUUAUACGCCAUCAGUGUUCAGCAGGAACCAGCUGCAAUUACUCAAAUCAUUACUCUACCUAUUUCUUUCCUCACUCAGGCCUGGGACUUCACAGUCAUUGAUAGGAGCUCUCUUGACGAGCUCGAAAUAUUAUCAAGUAGCAGUGACCUGAAUGUUAAACACCAGCUUGCAUUGUAUGUAAUUCACUUACUUUUCUUGAGCAGUCGACUGUUCAUCACCAUCCGUUAUUUCACCGUCAGCUACAAGUGGUGGGUUAUUGAUGUGUUAAUGUUUCAUUCUUGUGCGGUAGCAAUAGCGACUGUUAUUCAAAAUAGAGAAGAAGUUGACAGCGAUGCUUCCCACGUUUUCUUAAUAUUCAUGUUUAUGGACAUUCACUGUCUAUGAGAAGACUUUUUAGAAUUAUCGAUAAAUGUAAACGCAAUUAGUCUAACAUAAGUGUGUAUUUCUCACAUAUUUUGUUUGUAUUAGAAAACUCCUCUAUGAUUCUCAUACUUAAUAUCACUUAUCAUCCCAACGCUUGGUACUCUUCACCUGUCACUGUCACAUUUGAACUUAAAUGUUGUCGAAUAGUUACAAUUUAUCGAGUGAUAUUGACAUUAAACAUGUUAGUGAGGUAAAUUGCUCAAAUGUAAGGAAUAUGGUGCUUUACCUCAACGUAUGCGGCGAAGAAGAGGUCAUGAUCACCUUGAACAACCCUGGUGACAACGUGGGGCAUUGCGUGAGUACCGCACUAAAAUGUUUUAUGUUCUGACUGACAGAAUUUGUACGGUAAGGUCAGUUUACUGGAUUGAAUUUGUCAUUCGUUUGAACUUAUUUUCCAUAUGUGUCAGUUUUACUUGGAAAAACAGUUGAAUAUCCCGCACAGCUUAAUUGAGCAUGUACCAGGCGAUUGUUUGAAAGCUAAUUGCAAUUACUUACCGUAAAAUUACUAUGAUAUUCACCUGAAUAUACUUAUGACGACUCUUUAGACUCGGAAGUUUUUAUUUUAUCAGGGACAUUCUAGCCCUCCCAGAUUGUGUUAGAAAAAUAAUCUGAGAACCAUUCAGUUUUCAAUAUCUCGUGUAUUAAACUGAAAUUGAUACAGACGGCAAACCUCAUUCCUUGACUUUUAAUGCGAAAUCAUACUAAACCAAAGGAAUCUUUGCAUUUUUUUAGUCGAAAGCUGAGCGCAAGAGCCUCUGACCAACAGAGCAGCAAUCUAUUUCAGUAACUGAGCCUGUGUCGAUAAGAGCCGUUCUGCUGGGCGAACAAACGAGUACUACGUCGAUAUGGAAGUGAAAGAUCUUAAGUGGUACAGUCCUUUCGUGUACUUUGUUGGAGCUAUUUUAAGUUUUGCUGAUCUCAUCACCGACAUACUCACACUGGUAGAAUUCUACCGCGGGGGUCACAAAACAUGGUUUGGUGUGGGGCUAACUUUUGUUUUAUUGCCAUGUUUGGCGUUUCCAGUAUUGUUCGUCCGGCUGCGUGCCCAAUUGACUGCUUCACCUUCUAAUUGGGCAAAAACUGCUCUGUGUGCAUUGCAUCCAUUUUCAGCAGCCUUCGCGAGGGUAGAGGCUUUUAUUUUCUGUCUCAAGAAAUGGCGGUAUAAAGAUGAAAUCGACUCGAAACUCUUUGACAAAGCUGAGGGUUUACUCACUCACAUUGACUUAGCCUUGCUCUUUGAGGCAGUCCUUGAGUCCGCUCCACAAUUUAUAAUUCAGUUGUACGCCAUCAGUGUUCAGGAAGAAUCAGCUGCAAUCAUUCAAAUUAUUUCUCUACCUAUCUCUUUCCUCGCUUUGGCAUGGGCCUUCACAGCCACUGAUAAGACGUCUCUUGCCGUGAACAAUAUAAUACCAAGUAGCGGUGACCUGAAUGUUAAACACCAACUAGCAUUGUUUGUAACUCACUUACUUCUCCUGAGCAGUCGACUGUUCGCCAUCUGUUAUUUCACCGUCAGCUACAAGUGGUGGGUGACUGCCAUGUUAAUGUUUCAUUCUUGUGCCGUGGUAACAGAGACUUUCAUUCAGAAUAGAGACAAAGUUGGCCGUAAUACCCCUUAUGUUCUCUUAAUUAUGUUUUUUGUGGGCAUUCACUUUCUAAGAGAUGACUUUGUAGAAUUUUCGAUAGGUGUAAAUGUAACUGGUUUGACUAUGAGUGUGUUUUUGUCACAUAUUUUGUUUGUAUUAGAAAACUUCUUUAUGAUUCUAAUGUUUUAUUUAACUUACCACCCGAACACUUGGUACUCUCUACCUGUCACUGUGUAUGUUUGUGCGUUCAGUGUUCUUGGCUCCACAAUAAGAAUUUGCUUACUUCAUUGGCUACGCAACAAACCUAAUGGCGGUUUAUCAGCCGCGAACAGCUCUUGUCAGAGUACGAGUGAGGUAGAGCACUUUUUUACGAUAAGGUAUGAACGAGAGGACGCUGGGUGUGUUCACGACUGUGAAGAGCCCUGGUGUGACAACGUGUGAGGCAAAGUAUUAUAAACGUUCAAUUUAAUCUAGUCAUUCGUUUAUGUUAGUCUGUAGCUACUAUUUGAAUUCGAAGUCCGUAGUUAGGUUUAAGCUAUUGAGACGAGUUUCGAAGUUGUGACUAUCUUGUUUAAGUCCAUUACUGGACGUGCGAAGUUGGACUAUGACCCUCACGAAAGUUUAGCCUCGUUCAGGCUUACGCAGUCUAAGAGGAGGGUCCAACACGGUCAAAGACUGAUUCUGUUGAUCAGAAGCAUUCAGUGCGUUGUUUUUCAGUUUGUGAGACUCCUAUAAAAGUGUUUAGGUUAUUGUUCUGACAACGAAUGUUUAAUCUUAGCUAUUCUUUCAAGGUCAGUUGGCCAGCAUGCCCGCUCGGUAUAGAAUAAAUAAGUAUAUACUUUAGAGUCAACUUAGCCAAACUCAUUGAGUUAAUUAGUAGUCGGUGGUCGGUGAGAAGUAGAAGAGUAAGAAUCAAAGUGUGAGAAGUGUGAAUAUCAAAGAGAGAUUAAUCAGAAUAAGAGCCAGACAACCAGGACGGCCAGAGUCGCUCAGAGGGAAGCAAAUUUAAAGGAAAGAAGACGUUUUAGUCAAAGAGCCGAGAGAUAAAAGAGAGUCGAGAGUCCUUGGUGCUUUUUGUAAAAGCGUGUUGCGGUCUGCAGCUAUUUUUCUCAUCAUUGUAACCCGACAUACUUGCAUGGCGGAGGACUUGCUACAAAUUGCUAGAUGUAAUAGAUACUUUUAAAUUUGGAACUCAGAAUGUAGAGGGAAUUAAUAAAACACGACAAGCUGUAAAUAAUGGAGGAUAUUAUAGAGUAGAUUGAAGAUACUUAUUAAAAUACUCGAUUUUAGUUAGGGGUUAGUGGUUUAGAGGUUUGAUACUUUCAACGAGUUUAGGAUUAUGAAUCUAGGACUUUGACCUAUGUUGCUCUAGAAUCAGACACUCAUCCUAAAAAAGUUGUUGAUUUGCAUUUAGCGCAGCACUUUAAGAUGUCUAGUUACUCGCAGUAUUUAAUUCUCAUAUAAAGCUGUGUACAAAUAGACAGUUUGUAAAACAAGAAUUAGAAUAAAAGUUAUCUACAUUUAACAUGAAAACAAAUCCAUUCUUUGAGUACUGAGAAUGUCUCAAGAUCAUGGCGUUUCAAAAUCUGUAAAUGGGAAAACUGAAGGUUACUGAUCCGAAUCGUUAAACAUACAGUCUAAGAUUACAUGUGGCUACUGAUAUAGCUCAAUUUUUAUAACAUCGAAAAGAACUAGAAGUUUUCUGAUGUCGCUAGAUGGUAGUGUUGAAGAAUAUUUACGUCACAUUCAAAGCAGAAAACCUUCCGCAUCCCCACAUAUACGCAUAGUGAUGAGUGGCCUGUUACACAAGAGAAAGAUGAUCCAAGAAUAUAGUGACUAAUUGACAUGCAACUAAUGAUUCAAUGAUAACAAACAAUCAUAUUAGCAAUAACAAUAAAAAUGAUAACCAUAGUAAUAGUAAUAAUAAUUUAGAGGGGCUAUUUUAAGAACCUCACUAUUCCUCCAUUUUCAAAGCCCCAAUAAUGAUUAAGCUACGAUUCUUUAAUUUUGCCUGUCAACUAUAAAUUAUUUUCUGAUUUCAUAACAAUUCCAUUUUUGUAAAACUUUUGUUUCUCACAACAAGACAUUUCGUGUGUUAAGGAUAUUCUGCAAUUUCGCUAUCUCGCCAUUCCACCGUUCUAUCAUCUUAUUCACUAGAAAAAAAAGAGGAGAAGUCUUGUAACGAAGCUUUUUGCCGCCGCGUUUAGCAUUUGAGUUGUGCGAUAAAUUAUUCGUACGGGAAACUGAUGGCUGGAAGAUCAAUUUCACCUGGCUGUCGGUAGUUAAUUCCCAAAUCGGACAUGGUCUAUCUAUCUUGGUUGUCACAGGGUAAUUACCUUUUCUUAGAGUGCAUACUAUAUGCGUUUUUUUUUUCUCAAUCUCUUUUACAAGAAGACGCGAAGUACUGGAAAGCAACAGACUCAAAAAGGUUGGACGAUACACGGCUGUGCCUCGUAUAAGGAAUAGGGAAGUUUACAUCCAUCCUCAGUCCCUAAAUUCGACAUUCAGUGUGCUCAAUUUUUCUGUAGCAGCCUGAUCGAGGGAAGAGAAUAACAAGCAAGAAUUUUGGUUAAGUUUAUUAAAAAUAAAAAAAUAGGGAAAAUUUGUUAUUUACAUUGAUAUUUAACAGGUAACUAAACAAUUAUGGUUGUUUUAUAUUUAAAUUUUUCACUAUAAAGAAUUGCGAUAAAACAUUUCUUAAAAUCAUUUCAAGAUUAAAAAAAUUGCUAAAAAGCGACGACGUUUCGACGUUGGCUGAACGUCAUUAUCAAGUCACUUUCUUAAAACCGUGAAUUGGCUUUCUCUCAAAAGGUUGUUGUUACCAUGAGCUUCUAAGAAAUGUCUACCGAAAGUGCCAGAGCAAAUUUGAUUGCUUAGUAUUUGAAAUGCUCUUCAUCAAGAAACUUAAGCCCAAUUUAAAUAUUCAGACGGACUCCAUACGUGCGAAACUCUUUGUUUGAUAUUUUCUCACGUUACAAUUUUUUAUCAGCUAUUGUUGUUUUUUUAGUAUUUAUAGACCAAAAAUCACUACUUAUUUUGACUUGAUAAUGACGUUCAGCCAACGUCGAAACGUCGUCGCUUUUUAGCAAUUUUUGGUAAAAUUUCCGCACAGCCCCAUACUACAUUAUGCAUUCAGUUCUUGGAUAGAGAAAACAACGACAAAAACAAUACAUUGCCAUUGGGAAAACAGAUUUGUUUUACAAUAGGAUGGGACUAUGCGGAAAUUUUACCCAAUUUUUUUAAUCUUGAAAUGAUUUUAAGAAAUGUUUUAUCGCAAUUCUUUAUAGUGAAAUGCUUUUCAAAAUCACUUCUUGUUCUUAUAUUUAAAUGUUGUCCAAUAGUCAUAAUUUAUUGGGUGGUGUUAAUAUUUAACGUGUCAGUGAGGUAAAUUGCUCAAAUUUAAGGAAUAUGGUGCUUUACCUCAAAUUAUGCGGCGAAGAACAGAGUCAUUAUCACCAUGGACGACCCUGAUGACAACGUGAGGCGUUGCGUGAGUACCGCACUAAAAAAUGUUUUAUGUUCUGACUGACAGAAUUUGGACGGUAAGGUCAGUUCACCGGAUUGAUUUUGUCAAUCGUUCAAACUCAUUUUUCCAUAUGUGUCACUUUUACGUGAAAAAACAGUUGAAUAUUUCGCACAUCCUAAAUGAGCAUUUAGCAGGCGAUCGUUUAGAAGCUAACUGCAAUUACUUACCGUAAAAUAACUAUGAUGUUCACCUGAAUAUACUUAUGAGGACUAUUUGAGACUCGGAAGUUUUGAUUUUAAAAUGAGCAUUCCAGCUCUCCCAGACUGUGUAGGAAAAACAAUCUGAGAACCAAUCAGUUUCCAGGAUCUCGUAUGUUACACUAAAAUUGAUACAGACGGCAAACUACUUUCCAUGAUCUCAAGAGUGAAAACAGACUAAACUAAAGGAAACUUUGCAGUUUUUCAGUCGAAAGCCUGGCGCAAAAGCCUCUGAUUAUCACUGCAGCAAUCUAUUUUAGUACUGUAACUGAACCUAUGUCAAUACAGGUCGAUCUGCAAGGCGAACAAACGAAAAGUCCGUCGAUAUGGAAGUGAGAGAUCUUACGUGGUACAGUCCUUUCGUGUUCUCAGCUGGAGCUAUUUUAAGUUUUGUUGAUCCCAUCACCGACAUACUUACAUUGGUAGAAUUCUACCGCGCGGAUCACAAAAUAUGGUUUGGUGUGGGGCUUACUUUUGUUUUAUUGCCAUGUUUGGCGUUUCCAGCGUUGUUUAUUCUGUUUCGUGCCCAAUUAACUGCUUCACCCUCUGGUUGGGCAAAAACUGCUCUUUGUGCAUUUCAUCCAUUUUCAGCAGCCUUCGCGAGAGUAGAAGCUUUUCUUUUCUGUCUCAAGAAAUGGUGGUCUGGAGGUGAAAUCAACCCGGUCCGCUCCGUAAAAGCUGACAAUGUACUCUAUUACAUUGACUUUGUUGUGCUCUUUGAGGCAGUCCUUGAGUCCGCUCCACAUUUUAUAAUUCAGUUGUACGCCAUCAGUGUUCAGGAGGAACCAGCUGCAAUUAUCCAAAUCAUUUCUCUACCGAUCUCUCUUGCCAUGCGCAAAAUAAUAUCCAGGAGCGGUGACCUGAAUGUUAAACACCAACUGGCAUUGUAUGUAACUCACCUACUUCUCCUGAGCAGUCGACUGUUCGCCAUCUGUUAUUUCACCGUCAGCUACAAGUGGUGGGUUAUUGCUGUGUUAAUGUUUCAUUCUUUCUUUCAUUCUUUCAUUAAUGGCGAAGUUUAUUCAGAAUAG